GUAUGUGGAUCUAUCUACCUUUAUAGGUAUUAUCUUCGAUUAUAUAUCUCGUCCUUGUUGGAUUCAUCUUGCAGUCCCCUGCGGGCCUUCAUAAGAGAUAUCAUGGUGUCUCUAUCGUGAAGACAUCUGUUUGAUGGACUUGAAAGCAUCCCUCUACCUAUUUUCCCUUAUUCAAGAUGUUCUCCCUCCUGCCCAACUAUCAUAAUGGUGGUGCCCUUUGAUCUUUUCGGCAUGAUUGUAUGUUAACCUCCAUGCCUCCAACCUUCAUAUUCCAGUUGAAUUAUGUAAUCGCCACGGUAGCCGCGCGGGCGCAGAUCGGGAUGUACAGCGUACGACGUAAUUGCAGAUAGAAUUAAGAAACCAAUCUACGAUACCUAUAUUGUUGGGAAGACUGACUCCAUCUGCACAUACUUGAUACUACAUACUCCUUCCUUGCUGUAUAUUCCUCGAGUUUCGUUGCAUCGUGUUGUCGUUCACCCACCGAUCUAUCGCAAUGGCAUCUGCUCCCGCCCAGAAAACCUUCACGGUUGGGACGCGCUCGUCGAAACUCGCUCUCCUACAGACUGAUCUGGUCGUGAAUGAGCUGAGGAAGGCAUAUCCAGACUAUAAAUUUGAGGUACUCUCCAAGGAGACUGCUGGCGACAAGAACACGACCAUCGCCUUCCGGGAGUUCACGACGAAAAACCUCUGGACGGAGGAGUUGGAAGAACUUCUUAUUGCUGGGAAGGUGGAUUUUAUUGUUCAUUCUUUGAAGGAUGUACCCACUCUCAUACCUGCCGAGUGUGCUCUGGGUCCCAUGAUGAAGCGAGCAGACAGGAGGGAUGUCCUCGUUAUGAAGAAAGGGCUACCUGCCCAGACCCUGGCCGACCUAGCUCCCGGGUCUGUCGUGGGAACGUCCUCGAUACGCCGUACUGCCCAACUGGCCCGACAAUAUUCCCAUCUAAAAGUGAUCAACAUGCGCGGUAACAUCGGCACUCGUCUUGCGAAGCUGGACGCGGAGGAUAGCCCGUAUACCUGCAUUAUCCUAGCUGCAGCGGGUCUUCUGCGGUUGGAUCUUGGGGAUCGCAUUUCCCAGUACCUCGAUUCGGAGAAUGGGGGGAUGCUCUAUGCUGUCGGACAAGGUGCUCUGGGCAUUGAAAUCCGCAAGGAUGACAAGGUCAUGUAUGACAUGCUGAGUAAUAUUGGUGAUGAGGAGACUACGUUGGAGUGUCUUGCUGAGCGGAAUCUUCUACGCAUUCUAGAGGGCGGUUGCAGUGCGCCGUUAGGUGUGGAGACGGAAUGGGUUCAGGCGUCUGAUGGGUCGAAGAAACUCCGUUUUAAGGCCAUUAUCGUCAGUGUGGAUGGUACCGAGAGUACAGAGGUCGAGAUCGAUGGUGCCGUGGAUUCUCCUAAGAGCGCUGAGGCUUUCGGUGAAACUGUGGCAAAGGCAUUGGUAGCGGAUGGUGCAGGGAAGAUCCUUGAGGCUAUUCAAGAGAGCAAGAAGUCUGCUUGAACAUGCUUCUGAGUGAUCGAUUGUCGAUAGAUAGACUCCGAGUAUCCAAGUUGACCAUGUAUCUAGGAGAUACCCAUUG